AUGCGCAGAGAGUGGAAAUUCACUCCCUCCGAGGGCGGCUCUGGCCGUAACAUGGCCGCGUGGGAGGUCUUAACCGGCACAGAAGCGACAUACUUGGUGGAGGUCUCCUGGCCACUGAGCUGGCGAGAAACAAACGUCUCGGCGGUCGCGAAUGUAAUAUUCGCUGUUGAUGGCAAUGCUAUGUUUCUCACAGCAACAGACGUCGCUCGGCGGCAAGCGUCUCUUAACCCUAACAAACCUGGGACCAUCGUUGUUGGAAUCGGGUAUCCCUUAAAGGCUUCUGUCUAUAGUCCUCAACGCUCUUCGGACCUCACUCCGCCAUGUGAUCACUACACUCCGCCUGAGGGACCCGACGGCAACCCUCGACCGGAGCCAUACGGCGGUGCAGAUCGGUUCCUUUCUUUUAUCAACAAUAUUGUCCGUCCAUUCGUAGCCUCGUCCAUCUUCCCUAAUGUCAAAUUUGCUCGGACAGCCUUGUUUGGCCAUUCGUAUGGGGGACUCUAG